AUGGCACGACAAGACAUGAAAAACAAACAGCAACAAUUGAAACUUCCAUUGGAAACUGAAUGGAUUUGGCACGUUCAUCGUCUUCAUCCUUUAAGCUAUCACAAUGAUUGUACUAAACAACUUCCAAGUGGGCAACUUGUUGAUAAAAAAAUUCGUCAAGUUCUACAAAAUUCUAAACGUAAACAUGAUGCAAAGAUCUCGUUUUCAUCGAUAAAUAAGAAUUUCGUAUUUGUUCCAUCAAUCGAUUUGAGAAAGGCUGCCAUUCGGCAACGUGAUUUUCUUGAAAAGUUUCAAAAUCAUUAUCUAUAUUCAUUUGACUUGAAGAAGAUGGAUCGUUCGCAUUUUGUCCAUUUCGUACAAAAUUAUGUAUCAUUUAUGAAAUUGGCUGUAAAAAAGGAAAUGAUCGUACCAAUUUUUGACAUUGAUUUGAUAUGGCAUACACAUAUGAGAUAUCCAUCACAAUAUCAAACUGCUUCAAUAGCUUUAUGUGGUUUUAUUCUUGAUCAUGAUGAUGCAAUAGAAUCAAAUACUUUAACGAAAGUUUAUAAGAAAACUGCUGAACGAUGGAAAAAGAUUUAUAACUCAGAAUAUGGUCACAAUAUUGAUCGAAAACAUUUAGAAACAUCACAAUACAUGAGUUCAUGUGCAAUGGUUUUCAUGCCAGUUCACGUUUCGAGUGGUAGUGGAGCAUCGUCAUGUGGAGCGAUCGGGGGCAGUUGUGCGUCAAGCUGUAGCGGCGGAGGCUGUGGCGGUAAUGGCUGUGGCGGUGGAGGUUGUGGAGGUGGAGGUUGUGGCGGCGGAGGUUGUGGUGGUGAUUGA